AUGCUGCAGCCGCUACAGAACGGUAGCAGGGUCCUCGAAUAUCUUGACAACACGCCCAAUCAAGGCAUUUUCCGCGCUCUCGACCUUCUAAAUAGAGAAGUGCUGGUGAUCACAAGCCCAGAAUUUAUCAAAGAAAUCUUGCAAACCAACGCAUAUGACUUUCGCAAAAUGGCGAAUGUGCAGAAUUUCAUGAAGGUCCUACUCGGUGAUGGUCUGCUUACUGUAGAUGGCGAAGAGCACAAGCAACAACGCAAAGCACUAAAUCCAGCAUUUUCCGCCAAACAUGUUCAAAAACUGUAUUCUGUCUUUUAUUCCAAGACACGCGAGAUGAUAACUUAUAUCAAGGAAGAUAUGAAUACCUCGCAAGGCCAGAAAGGGAUUUCCGUCGACAUAACUGCGUGGGUUAAUCGAGCCGCUUUAGAUAUCAUCGGCAUUGCGGCGCUCGGCAUCGAUUUCAAUUCCCUAGCGAACCCGACCAAUGAAUUGAGCCGUGCUUACCAAGUCAUCUUCGAGCCUGACAAUACCUCAAACAUCAUAUUCCUGCUCUCGAUCUUUUUUACGACGUGGGCAGUCAAGCUCCUGCCGUUGAAGAAGGCGCGCGAGAUUCGAGCAGGCUCUGCGUAUGUGAAGAGAUACAUUGAAGAAGUGGUAACCCGAAAAACCCAGGAACACGACGAUGAGAAAGCCCCUCACAAAGACAUUCUUUCGGUGGCGUCUCAGUAUGGCAAUUUAUCAACAAAUGAGCUCGUCAACCAAGCACGAACCUUUCUGGUGGCAGGGCAUGAAACAACAGCGACGGCAAUGCAAUGGGCGCUUUACACGCUGACAAGGCCAGAGAAUCUUCAUGUCCAGCAACGCCUUCGAGAUGAAAUCCACAAACAGCUACCUCCUCUUGACUCUGAACAAGAAAUCUCGGCGUAUACACUUGGUAAGAACUUGCCAUACCUUGACGCUGUCAGCAAAGAGUGUCUGAGGGUCUACGGGCCUUCGCCGUUCUCCAGGCGAACGGCUGUACGAGACACAGUACUCUGCGGCAUUCCCAUCAGGAAAGGCACAAGCUUUCUGAUCCCGAACUGGGCGAUCAACAAGUCGAAGAAGCUUUGGGGAGAGCGUGCAAGGGAGUUCGACCCAGAAAGAUGGCUUCAUGGCAACCAAGCUCCCAAUGGGGGCGCUGAUGCUCUGGCCUUCCAGACUUUUUCAUCCGGCACCAGGGGUUGCAUUGGAAAGAGUUUCGCGCUAGCAGAAUUUAAGAUAAUGUUAGCUGGGCUUGUGGGCACAUUUGAGAUAACCAAAGCAGCAGACGAGAAAGAGAUAGAAACAGAAUGGGCGAUAAUUGCUCGGAUAUAUAAUGGAUUUAAGGUCAAUCUGAAGCCUGUAAGCAACUGGUAG